GCAUUUGAUAUAUGAUAUAAAUAAAUAAUAUUCUGGUAGAUAUAGUUAUAUGUGUUUCACCAAUUGGGUGCUGGCAUUGCGAUUGCGGCUGUGAGUCCAACUAAAACAGUGAACACAUCCCAAACACAUCGUACAGUCGUCUACUGUCGUGUAAAAGUCAAGUCAGAGGAUCUGUAGAUAACACAAGUUUUCGAUUAGUUUUUUAUAUCACUAUAUUAGGUCAAUGGUAUUGUAAUGCAAUGCAAACCAUACUGUGCUCUCUCUCGGCACCUGUCAUACCGACGCUAUUCUCUCUCACUCUCAUUCACUACUGAAAACACUUUUUACAUCUUUAUUUGACUAAUGGAUUAAUGAAACAAUUGAUUAAAACAAUACAUUUGCGACUAAUGUUUUUUAAAUGUGAUAUCAAGUCAUCAAUUGAAUUGACUUAAAACACUGUGUUAUUAAGUUUUGUUGUCUUUACUACUCAACUGUGAUAAACGUUUUUAUUAUAAAUUUUAAAGAGUAUAUACAAAUAUUAUAUAUUAUAAAUAUAUAUACUGUAUAAGUUGAUAAAUCUAUAUGAGAAAAUAUUUUAUCAUUUGAUUGACAAAACAAAUAAUAAGACAAUUAAAACAAAAUGUACAAAAAAGAGAGACCUAAGCUAAGCGUCACUGCAUUACUCUAUGGCACACAAAGUCCUAACGCUUGGCUUCAACAACACUCAGCAUCGAACGGAACGUUGAACGGGUCGACCAACAGCGGGUCGCCGUCCAGUUCUAUACCUCAGUCUCCAUAUCAGAGCACACUUUCCAAUAGUUACAACGGACCGGCCGUAUCAUCACCACAAGUUUCAUCCCCACAAUCCGGUGGCCGUUAUCCUCCCAAUCAUCCCUUAAGUGGUUCUAAACAUCUUUGUUCCAUAUGUGGUGACAGAGCCUCUGGAAAACAUUAUGGUGUCUAUAGUUGUGAGGGAUGUAAAGGCUUUUUCAAGAGGACAGUGCGGAAAGACCUGUCGUACGCCUGUAGAGAAGAGCGUAAUUGUAUUAUCGAUAAAAGACAACGAAAUCGAUGUCAAUACUGUCGAUACCAGAAAUGUCUGCAAAUGGGAAUGAAGAGAGAGGCCGUCCAAGAGGAACGGCAGAGGACUAAAGACAAGGGCGACAAUGAAGUGGAGAGCACCAGUAACUCACACCACGACAUGCCUAUUGAGCGCAUCUGUGAAGCGGAACAACGAAUUGAACCCAAAAAAGAUGAGCAACCGGUGACCAAUAUAUUACAGGCAGCGGACAGACAACUGUACCAAUUGGUGGAGUGGGCCAAACAUAUUCCACACUUCACUGAUCUGCCGAUUGAGGACCAAAUGGUUCUCCUGAAGACCGGUUGGAAUGAAUUACUUAUCGCCGAAUUCUCGCACCGGUCGAUGAAUGUCAAGGACGGCAUCGUAUUCGCAAACAAUAUGAUCGUCAACCGUCCCGGUGCUCACGGGGCAGGUGUCGGCACCAUCUUCGACAGAGUGCUCACCGAAUUAGUGGCGAAAAUGCGCGAAAUGAAAAUGGAUAGGACGGAGUUGGGCUGUCUCAGGGCUGUCGUCCUAUUCAAUCCCGAAGCGAAAAACCUGAAAUCAGUACAACAGGUGGAAACACUACGCGAGAAAUUGUAUGCAGUAUUGGAAGAGUACUGUAAGCACAGUUACCCUGACCAGCCUGGCCGAUUCGCAAAACUACUGUUACGUUUGCCGGCGCUUCGUAGCAUUGGUCUCAAAUGUUUGGAGCACUUGUUUUUUUACAAACUUAUGGGAGACUCCCCUAUCGGUAAGAAAGAAGCGAUAGGUAUGUGUCAUGAAUUCCUGCCCAUUAGUCUGUCUAUUCUCACACAAGAGGCUGCCUGUCCUCUC